UGACGUGAUACAGGUAUGCGACCCUGAAGCCGUAUGCCUGAGGUUACGGUGGGGUGUUGGUGGGUUUAAGUAUCGAAGUUAAAAGACCGCCACUGUCUCGGAUUCUUUAGUGAGACUGAACACUCCUUGACUUUAUUUGAACAGCAUGGCCGUGAUAACAACAUUAGUGUUGUUGAGUUGGAUUACGAUAACAAACGCGAUUCCAGGAACUGGACGGGGCUUCGUUGGACGUGUGGAUCCUGAAGAUUCGGGAAUGAUCAAAUUGGACAAGGCGACUUCAGACGCCCUGCAGAGUGGUCUCACCACCGUCUUCCUCCCUAUCGUCUACAUCUUUGUAUUUGUCGUAGCGCUGCCCACCAACGCCAUGGCUAUCUGGGUUUUCGUAUUCAGGACUAAGAAGAAGCACCCCUCCUCUAUCUACAUGGCCAACUUGGCCUUGUCGGACCUGCUGUUUGUCAUUUGGAUCCCACUUAAAAUCUCCUACCAUCUGAAUGGCAACGACUGGAUCUACGGAGAGGCCAUGUGUAAGCUGUACGUGAGCUUCUUCUACGGCAACAUGUACUGCUCCGUGCUGUUCAUCGCCUCCCUGAGCAUGCAGAGGUACUGGGUAGUGGCCCACCCUCUGUCCCAACAGCGCAAGAACAACAAGAUGGCAGUCAUUGUGAGUGCGUGCAUCUGGGCCUUCAUCUGGCUCAGCACCACGCCCCUGUAUCUGUACGAGCACACGGCGCAUCUUGCCGACCUCAACAUCACCACCUGCCAUGACGUCAGCGUGAUCCAUGACAGCAAGGACCCCUUCCCCUCGGUUCAGUACCCGUACUACUACUUCAUGUUCACGGCGCUGGUGGUGUUCCUGGUGCCCUGCGUGCUCAUCGUGGUGGCCUACGUCCUACUGCUGCGCUCGCUGGACAGCAGCAUGGGGGACGGCGCCGCCGGCAAGAAUCGGCGGCGGGCGGUGCAGCUGAUCGCCACUGUGCUGCUCACCUUCCUGCUGUGCUUCCUGCCCAGCAACAUCAUGCUGGUGGUGCACUACUCGCUACUGAAGGACGGCUCGGAAAACAACUUUUAUGCCUUCUACGUCACGGCGCUGUGCCUGAGCAGCCUCAACAGCUGCCUGGACCCCUUCAUUUACUACUUUGUGUCGGAGGACUUCCGCGACCACGUCAAGAACACCCUGCUGUGCCGCAGCAGCCGCACUGUGGAGCGGAUGCGCGUGUCGUUCAGCUCUCUGAAGUACUCCCGCAAGAGCCAGGCGUACAUGUCGGACUCGGGGAACACUCAGAGCAGCAGCUGCUGAAGGAGGAACCAAGAGACUGACCCGGGUCAUUACCCUGACCUGGACCCUGGUCCUGACCCCGAUUAUGACCAUCACCCAGAUCCUAAUCAUCUAUUGACACGUUGUUGUUGUUGUUGUUGUUGUUGUUGUUGUUGUUGUUAUUUAGGGGACUAGAGCUGUGAUGACCACGGCGACGUGUGGAUUCAGUGUUGUUUUAGCACGUCUAGGACUGAACUAUUAUGGUCAAUAGAAAGAGCCUGAAAUCCCUGCACACGCACACACAAAUGAGCCAUGAUUGUUACCAAUGUAGAUGGAAGAUAUGGCUAUUUAUGUUUUGAUGAUUCCAGCACCGUAAACAGCAGGCCUGUAACAAGACUGUAAACAGCAGCCAGGACUCUUCAUCAUUUCACUUUGAAUGUAUAUUUAGGGGUACAAUGUGAGAUACCCUGAUUAUUUAUUUAUCUUUUUCGUUUUAAUUAAAUACUGGAAAGCUUCAAAGGAUUAUAUUAAUUUCUGCUUGUUUUAUGUCUAUUUACUUUGGGCCCUUCCUUUGCGUCAGCAGUCCAAUCGGGAACGCGACUUUGAUGCGUCUAAUAAAUAUUUUUGUAACAAAAUGAUGACAUCAGAGGGCUGUGGUUUCAAUGAAACUAUAGUCACUAUUAUGCAACAGGCCACAUGUUAUGGCGUGAGUCACUGAACACAUUUUCUAAGCGUCUGAAUGAUGACAGCGUUUGUAGGUUUCCUAAGGAGGUAAUGUUGUCAAGGAAUCCCUGGAAUGUUUUGGGGUUGUGGCCAAGAUUUAUCUGGCAGUCUAUUCAUCUGGAUUAAUGUCCUGUUAACAUAUACUAUUGUUUAGAUGUGUGCUUCCCUUACCUCUGAAAUGGUUGUGAUUUGUGUUGGAUUUGGAUAAGAAUCAAACAUGCUGUCGUCUUAAACCUUUAAAAUAGAAUCAGUAAAUAGGUGAAACCAGUCUCACUUAAGUUGAGCAAGAAGGAGCAACACGCCUUCCCUGCUCCCAAGCCCCGCAGCAAGCCUGGCCCUCAGGUGAUUCAUUGCCACCAAGGUUCGCCUCACCCUUUAUUGGGUUGCAUUUAGUAUUCAGUGUAGUAAUAGGUAAUCUGUAAUCAGCAGAACAAGUCAAUACAAGUCAAAUAACAAUUCAGUAGCGACAUUAUCGUAUCUAUUCUAUCUAUUACUGAGAUAUUUGCACCGAUACUUAUUCUUGCCUGUGCCUGAAUUUGCCAGUUGUGACCGAGCCCUGAGUCAUGUGACCCAGCCACCCUGACAGUAAUUUGCUUAACUUGUUUCUUGUUGCUGGUAAGGCCAUGGAGGUGAUUCUGGCUGAUAGGUUCCCCUUCCUUUAUUUUUAGUUUGACCACUUAAAUCUAGAUAGACUAUUUAAAAAUAUUUUUAGUUAAAAAUAAACCUGUAAAAUUAAAUGUAUCCAUAUC